AUGCUAACAGUGAAAGUGAAAAUAAAAGGGCUGAUGAAGAACUUUGAAGUUUCUGGGUCUAUCUACGAAGAUGACCAAUUUGUAUUCAUUAAAUACUCAUUUAAUAGACCAUCACUCUUCAAUAAUUCCCUAUUUAAGUCCAAUUUGGAGGAUCGUGACGAACAGAUAAUAUGUAUUGACAAAACCACAUCUACUGAAUCUAAAUUUAAAAAUAUCACUGGCAAAUUUAUUACAGACUUUUAUGGCAUUUUUGGCUGCAUAAAAUUCACCAGUGGGCCCUAUUUGAUAGUAAUCACCGGCAGAAAGUGCUUGGGCAAUUUGUUUAUGAAAUACCCAAUUUAUACCAUCAAUGACAUAAUUAUUAUUCCGUUAUUUAUAGGCAACGGUUCAGAUGUCGAAACAAAGUAUCUGGAACUUUUUAAGAGUGUUGAUUUGACAAAGGAUUUCUAUUACAGCCAUACGUAUACAAUUUGUGAUACUGUACAAAAUAAUUAUUCCGUACAUGUUAAAGACGCUGACUAUGGAUUAUCAAUUAGUGACAAAUUUGUAUACAAUCAGUUUCAUCUCGAAUGUCUCAAGAUGGUCAGUGAUGAACUGCUAAAAUAUUCAGUACAGGUUAUUCAUGGAUAUUUAUCUAUAAUUCCCAUCUCAUUGAGCGGCAGAAUGAUAGAAUUAUACCUAAUAUCCAGGAGAUCUAGGCAUUAUGCCGGCACAAGAUAUAGGAAAAGGGGUAUUAAUUCCGAAGGACAUGUGGCAAAUGAAGUACAAACUGAGAUUGUCUUGUACGAUAGUACUCAUUCCAACUCUAUCAUGUCAUUUGUUCAAUUGCGCGGUUCUAUACCUCUAUUUUGGGCACAAAAGUUGCCAGUUUCGAUUCUUAAAAAACCACCAAUAGUUUAUCCCUUAAAUGAUGGAACCUUCUCCAGCACUAGACGGCAUUUUAAUUAUUUGUUUGCCCAGUAUGGCGCACCUAUAAUAUGUUUAAAUUUACUAUCUGAUGACCUUGAAAAUGAUGAAGGCCAAUUAUCUCUAAAAUUUAGCAAGGCAAUUCAGAAAAUUAACAUGGAACUUCCACAAUCGUUUCACAUACAAUAUAUUCAUAGAGAUUUAAGGAAUUAUCAGUUGUUUGGCAAAUGCGAGCAAAUGAUGACAGAAACUGCGCGGUAUUGUAUCGAUAAGACGGGUAUUUUUCACAUAAAGAACAACCAGAUCCUAUCUAUACAAUCUGGCAUAGUGAGGAGUAGUUGUUUGGAUUGUCUUGAUCGCACCAAUACUGUGAUACAACGAGUAUCCCUUGUAGCAGUUGCUAAUAUGCUGCACAAAAUUAAUGUAUUAUAUACACCAGAUUUAUCGAAUGAUCAGAUAAUUGCUGAGGCAAUUAAAAUAAAUAUAGACUCUAUGGGUGACAGACUGUCACUUCAAUAUGGCGGAUCGAGAGUGCUAAAGAAGUAUGAGGCUGAUCAAACAAUGGUAGACCAAUCGGCGCAGCUGCUAACAAUUUUUAAGCGCCGAUACAAGAAUUCGUUCGGAGAUGCAGAUAAGCAAGUAUCAAUUAAUCUAUUCCUUGGUAUACUUAACCCGCUUAUACAUUGUGCUCCAUGGGAACAAGAUUUGGAUGUCAUAUUACAUACAAAGUACAUACCGGAAUUUUGCGGCAAUGAUUGGUAUGUGUUAGCACUCCAACUUUUUUACAACAGAUUCCGCACUCUUUCGCCUUUUGUAUCAUCUGAUAAAUGUGAAACUAUCACGAUUCUUUCGCCUUUUGUUAAUGGCAAAACAUUGGAUUGGUUUAUAUACUACUCCGGUAACCCUCAAAAAUGCCCAUUCACAACUAAAAUUACUUAUAUUCCCUGGUGGAUUCUCAAAUUAUCAACCAAUACAAUUAUUAAAGAUAAUAUAUUCAUAUCAAAAGAAUAUAAUUUACAAUAUUUCAUUGACAAUUUCUUGUACAAUCACACAAAUGAUAAUACUAUCCAUAACACUAGUAAGUCAACAAAAAAACCAAAUACAAAUGUAGAUUUACCAGCAUUAUCAAAAUACAUUACGGAGAAUGACUUUAGCACGGACGAUAAUAAAAUGAAUGUAUUUUUUGAUCAAUAUCCUGAGCCCCAGAUCAAUCAAGAAUACACUGUCCAGUGCAACGUAUGGGAUGAAUCAAACUACGAAAAUUUGUUCAAAAAUCAAUUGAAAUUUGAGUUUAUAAGCCGAUAUUCUGGACUAUACAAAAUUUAA